AUGAAGCGUUUCUUAACUCAAAAGAGGUAUCUCACUACAUUCUACGAACUAUUUCCUCGUACUUUUCCAACUAAGACACCGAUAUGGUCAGUGGAUCAAUCAAAACUACGAAAGGAAUAUAGAGCCCUACAAGCCCAACAUCACCCUGAUAUGGCUCAAAAUUCUGAAGAGCUGGACACACACUCUUCAUUACUCAACAAGGCGUAUCACGUUUUGAAGGAGCCUCUAACUAGAUCGCAAUAUUUGAUCAAAUUAUUGGAUAAUGUUGAUUUAACGCAGGAUUCUGUGAAGGAGAAGAUUACUCAAAGUGAUCCCGAAAUUUUAAUGAAAGUCAUUGAAAUACAUGAACAAUUGAUGGAUAUUGAUACUGAAGAGGAUGUUAAAAAAAUCAGAAGAGAGAAUACAGAGAGAAUGGCCACGAUAGAAGGACAGUUAGAGAAUGCUUUUAAGAAGAAGGAUUUUGAAACGGCUAUAAAAUUGACUGUUGAGCUAAAAUACUGGUCGAAUGUGGCAUACGCAAUUAAAGAAUGGGCCCCAGGGAAGGAAAUUCAAAUUAAUAACCAUUAA